UGCUUGAGCCUGCCGCACGGCAUAGCUCCUCUGCACAUUUUUUUGAAACAGCUGUUAACUUUUGCCAUUUACGGUUAGUCUGGAUUUGACAAAGAUACUGCAUAAAAAGAAGGGCUCAACGGACGAGGAGCAACACCAGACAGGAGGACCAAAAAAGUAAGAUAACCGUCAGGAAGGAUAUCAAGUCUCCAUGUUCCAGCUGCCCAUCUUAAAUUUCAGCCCCCAGCAGGUCGCGGGGGUCUGCGAGACGCUCGAGGAAAGCGGCGACGUGGAAAGGCUCGGGCGCUUCCUCUGGUCACUUCCCGUGGCGCCGUCCGCCUGCGAAGUGCUCGGAAAGAACGAGUCCGUCCUGCGCGCGCGCGCUGUCGUGGCCUUUCACGCGGGCAACCUCCGCGAGCUCUACCACAUAUUGGAGAACCACAAAUUUACCAAGGACUCGCACGCGAAGCUGCAGGCGCUCUGGCUGGAGGCGCAUUAUCAGGAAGCUGAAAAACUCCGUGGGCGUCCUUUAGGACCAGUGGACAAGUACCGCGUGCGAAAGAAGUUUCCAUUGCCUCGAACGAUAUGGGACGGCGAACAGAAAACCCACUGCUUUAAAGAGAGGACGCGGCAUCUGUUGAGAGAGUGGUACCUGCAGGACCCUUACCCGAACCCGAGUAAAAAGAGAGAGCUGGCGCAGGCGACUGGACUCACACCCACACAAGUGGGGAACUGGUUUAAAAACCGGAGACAGAGAGACCGGGCUGCAGCAGCCAAGAACAGGCUACAGCAGCAGGUUCUGUCCGGUGGCUCGGUCAGAUCGCUAGGAGAUGAUGACACCACAGUAGACCGUCUGGGUCCUGCCUCAAGCCCUGAGGUCAGUCUCUCAAACAAGGCAGCCACCUCCGCCAUCUCCAUCACCUCUAGCGACAGUGAAUGCGACAUCUAACGUCAGGCUUCAAAAGAGCAAACAGGAGAACUGUAAGAGACAAUCAAACAACAAAAACGAAAACUUUAGUGCCUGUAACCGGCCCAAAAGGGAGCACAUAGGCUAAAACGUGAAGGUUGAAAGGAAUGCGUGACUUAAAUUCAAUUUCCAUUUGUUGAUAUGAUCAACAAAAGAAAUGUGGUCGUCUUUUCGUGAAGACAGGAAUAGGGAGCUUUUGGGAAAAACAAAAACCUUAAAUGUCUGGGCCAAACCCAUAUUUACUGUUGUAUGUGUGUGUACUUCAUGA